ACUGGGCAUUGCUGAGUGGAGGAGGCAACAACUCCGGCGCUUGCUGCUCGCGACUUGGUCCGCUGCGCUAUGAAUUCCGGAGAGCGGCGGCAUUGAUCCGUUUCCAUUCAAAGCUCACUUCUGGUCGCAGCUGCACGGAGCCUGCUAUGGGAUACGCGACGACGAAAACGAGGACUACCUAACCGCUCGGCGACGUUCUGUGUUCGUGCCCCCCCCUCCUUGCUCCAAGAGUGUCUUCGGUUAUUUUGUUUGUUUGUUUUCUGUUUCCCCCGAACAAAACCGAAGAUGGUGCGGCCAAAGUGCUACCACCACCACCUCCGUCGCUGCCAAUGCCAUCCGGUCUUCGGUAGUGUUGUUGUUCUUGUUGUCGCUGUGAUGUUCGCGAACUUGGUCUCGGCGGAUCAAGACGGCGAACCUGGAUGCUCGGGUGUCAAGUACGCUUUCCAAGGCAAGGGAUUCGAAGACGACGUUCCGCCGCGGGCGAUCUCAGGUGACCACCUUCAGAUCUGCGAGAGGUCCCUGACGUGCUGCACGCAGGAGAUGGAGCACCGGCUGAGCGCCCAGAGCAGGGAGGAGUUCGACCGAGUCCUGCACGACGAGAUCGGCAAGGUGCGCACCAAGUUCGCCACGCGCAUGCAGAGGUUCGACGAGUUUUUCCGGGAGCUGCUGAAGACGUCCAAGAAGGAUUUCCACGGCAUGUUCCUGCGCACGUACGGCAUGCAGUACGACACCAACUCCUACAUCUUUCACGACAUGUUCGAGAACCUCGAGAAGUACUACCUGACGGGAGGUGUUGACUUGGUGGACGCGCUGGACGGCUUUUUCCUCGAGCUCUACAGGAAGAUGUUUCAGGUGAUGAACGCCCAGUACACGCUGAGCGAGAAGUACCUGCAGUGCAUCAGCGAGUACAGGGACGAGCUGAAGCCCUUCGGAGACGUGCCGCAGAAGCUGACACUGGAGGUGAAGCGGUCCUUCGUGGCCACGCGCACUUUCGUCCAGGCACUCGGGGUCGGCAGGGACGUCAUACAGAGCGUCAUGGACGUCGGACCCACGGCGAACUGCAGUCAUGCGCUCAUGAAGAUGAGCUACUGCCCCCACUGCCACGGACUUCCGGACUUGAAGCCGUGUUCGUCUUACUGCCACAGCGUCAUGCAAGGCUGCCUGGUGCACCACAUGGAACUGGACACAGAGUGGGGUCACUUCAUCGAUGCCCUGCUAAACCUGGCCAAUCGCCUGGAAAGUUCCUUCAACAUCGAGUCGGUGGUUAAUCCGAUAGGGGUCAAGAUCUCGGAAGCUAUCAUGGACUUUCAAGAAAACCAUGUCGCCAUUCUGCAAACGCUGUACGACAAGUGCGGCAAGCUGCGGCUGGCACGGCGUGCCAGCGGGGGUCACCAGGAGCUCCAGUUCGAGACGCUCAAGUUCGGCGGAGCGCAGCAGGGCGCCAUGCGCCCCACGACGGCGGCCGGGACCAGCAUGGACCGCCUGGUCCAGGGGAUCCGGAAGCAGAUCCGCACCACCAGGGGCAUGUGGGCACAGUUGCCCGACCGGCUGUGCCGCCCACCGACGCCCCAGGGGUCCCCGCCUCUCGAAGAUUGCUGGGACGGCCUUCACAGAGCCAGGUCUGAGAACAACCAGACUGGAAGCGGGCCAACUAGGACGAAGGGUCAUAGGAACAAAGAUGGCGCAGAGCGGUCCAGUAGCAACGUGGUGAUCAACCAGCUCAUCCUCACCCUCAAGAUUAUCACCAACAAGCUCACCCUGGCCUACAGUGGGCACGACGUCCAAUGGCAGGACUCCGCCGACUUGGAUGACAUGGGGAGCGGCAGCGGAAGCGGUAGCGGGGAUGACGACUUCGAACCGGGCCGAUCAACGACCGCGUCGGACAUCUUCUUCAGCGUCUCGGUGCCAACCUCUCCGCCGGCUCCAAAGAAGCCCAAGACGCAAAUCACAGCAGCCUCUCCUUCGUCUUCAUCUUGCCUACGAUGCGCGUCGUUUGUCGUUCUCGUCGCACCAGCGUUGCUGAAGAUGGUGUUCUCCUCCGUCUGAUGAACAACCUCUGCUGCUUGCAGAACGCGGAAGCAUUCGUCUACUAGUGCCUGUGCUCGAUAUCUGCUGUUUGCGUUUGUGAGCUGUGUUGCCCCUGCACUCUCUUCACCAUCCGUUGGGAACGUCGGUACCGCCAGAGGCAGACAGACCAGAUUAUGAACGCUUAAGAAGACGCCGGAGUGGUUAGUUCAGUGCUGUCCGCAUCGAAUGUCACAAACAGCCGCUGUUAAGGACACGACUUUUCUGCUGCGCAUUACGGGCAGCACACCUGACUUCUGUGCAAACUUUGGGAAGUGGCGGCAAUCAACAUGUCGCAUUGUGGACGAAGUGGCUGCUAAUAGACGACUAUUUUCUUUAGGACGUGUUGUGCUCGUGCUCAAGUCUGGCUCGGUCAGACUGUGCAAACAAUCUGACACGCAUCGGCUGUUUGGAAGGCGGCAGCUGCGACGACUUUGAAGUGACCUCUUGAAAAGGGGAUUCAGAGUAUGUGGUGAUGAAUGUUCAAAAGGCCUUUUUACACUUGGAAAAAAAAUGUGUGUUGUGAAGACAAGGGGAUUUCUGGGGCUUUUGAGUUUUUGUUGCAGCUAAACGCUUCAGUUGCUUGGCGAGCGACCCCUUUCAUUAAGUGCCGAUGUGUCUGGCAGAGCCAAAACAGUUGUCUGGGAUAAGCAAUCUUUUCUGCUUCGCAGUCUAAAGAUUUGGAGCUAAAGUGUUUUUUUUUUUUUUAUUUUUUUUUUUUGUGGUAUGUACAUACCACACAUUGCAUGUGUUAUGUGGUGAGUCAGAUUGCUUUGGUGCCUCAUCAUUGUCCACAUUCAGUGGGUCUGUUUCAGUGUCAUCAUUAGAGACCAGAUGUUUAGACACUAAAGAGUUUGUGUUUAGGCACCGAAACUAGCUCGUAAAUUUUCUGUGACAAGCAUGAUUAGGCACAAUCGAUGGCAGUUUUUUGGGACUGAACAGCAGUACAGGAACUUCAAUUUACACUUCUGAUGUCUAUUCCUUCUGCUCUUGUGUGGACAGUUAGUGCCCAGCUUACCGUAAAAUCCCGAGAGAUGCCCCACCCCGAAAAAAAAGGCCCACCCCUAUUUUUGGCUUGAUUUUCUAUAUUUUUUUAAACACCAAAAGAUAGCCCGCUUCUAGUAAUAGUAGUGUUGGGAUCAAUGAUGGCCUCGGCUUAAAUGUGGCUAGCUCGCUACGGCGGGAUAUAAGCAGACGUUGCUGACUGGGAACAGUCAUCUUUGCUUCGUUGCUCCUUGCCACCAUAACAAACUUGGAAGGGACACGACCUAAAAAGAGCAAUCUUUUAAAACAUGCUUGUACAUUGAAAGGUAGCCCGCUCCAUAUUUUCAGCCAGUUUGCUCUUGAUGUUAGGUGGGCUGUCUCUCGGAAUUUUACGGUAGGCCCAUCGAGAAUAGUACAACUUUUCCAUGCCUAAACAUUCGGGCUCUAGUCAUCAUGCACUAAUCGCCAAUCAUAUGUGUUCCAUUGGUCCUUGAAUUAUGGAGAUAGCAAUUGCAAUUGUGGUAUAAUCCAACUAUACAAGAACUCACAAUUCGAACAAACAUUUCUUUUUAUAAUAUCCUAUUUUAUGAUUUUUUACUUUUAUCUUCUCACUUUUUGGUGAGGCUUUCAUCAUUUAGUUUGCUGUCAGUCUUUAAACACAGCCUUUUUGAUAAUAACUUCAUUCAGAAUAUCAGGAUGUUCCUGUGAGCUUUAGAAGAUAGAGAAAGAGGUAUAUCCUUCACAUUAUACGUGACUCUGUUCUAACCUGACGUGUUUGAAGACUUCAUGCCCAAGUUAAAGCAGUUAUUAGAGAACAAGCUGUUGCUGCAGUCUUGCAUUUUUUUCAGUUAAAAUUCAAUUAUCAGGGAGUACAAGCCAUAAAAUUAAACUAGAAAUUGCAGCUGGGAACAGACAGUCACGGCUUUUGGGAUGGAUUUCUUUAAGCUUGAUGCAUGCACACAAUAUGCUAACUUCCAGUAUAUAUUAUUUCACCGAGGUUUAUUUUAUCAGAACCUGGUUUACUAUCAAAUUUUGUCAAGCAUAAUUUUACUGUCCUUGAUGGUGAUGCUUUGUUAAUGUGCAUUGUAACUAAAAUAAUAAUCUAGCAAGAUUUGUUGAGAGGCUGGCUGUCAUUUCAGAGAUUUCUAGAUCAAUGGAAUACUUGUCCCACAUUUGUAAGUGCAGCAUCAGUUACCGAUACCUAGGCACGUUUUAUAUAUAGUAAAAGGUCACUGGACAUUUUGAACCCUUUUUCAUUUGAGCGGCUUCAUUGAAAAUGAUUAAAUGUUGCGUUUGGUGACAUGUUUGCUGCUGGUUCAUUUCAGGCAUUGAUAAUUGUAGUACAUAUAUAGCUCCUUUCUCUUAUGUAAAAAAUAGAAGUUUGAAGGUCAACAUCUAGUGUCGUGGAAGUACACAUGAUAAUAUACUAGUUGAGGUGAUUGCAGCGACAAGUAUAGUUUGCGCGUACCCUUUUGAAUGAUGCUGGAUUGUCUAGAAAUUAUAUCAUUUGGUUAUGCUCUUUGAUAUAUUAUGACAAAACUCAGCAAUUACAAUUUAUAUUUAUGGAUAUGACAGUGACAUUUGCUUCUUAGGAUGACUUUCUGAAUUUUUUUUUUUCUAAUAUGAUGCUUUAGGGUUUAUACUAUGUUUGCCUUGACUCUUUCAAAGUUGUGGACUGUUUUGAUAUUGUGGUGUUGUACAUUAUGUUCAAGUGCUAUGUGCAGCUGAUGUGGUACAGCCUGAAUAACAUUUUUGUCAUUUUUAUUAUUUAUUCUUAGGCCAAGACAGCACUUCAUUAUGGCUGUCACAAUGUAUCUAGGAACUAUGAAUUUCUUAAAAGUACCUUUUGCGAAUUGCUGGUUUUUGUGGAGAAAUGUUGGUAGCACCAAGUCAGCAAUUGUUUUCUUUCUGCAAGCUCAAAGUCAUUCUGCCACAUUGUGUUGCAGUGUGAACUGUGCAUUCUGCUGAUUUUGUUGCCCUGUAUGCUUUGCAUAUAGACAGAUGUCUUUACCUGCCUAACCAUUUAUGGAUUGAACAGUGACUUUUAUGAGUAUAUCAACCUCAUUCAUAGGCACUGUACAAUGCAGGCAAGCAGCGUCAUAAACUUCUGUUAUCCUGAAUGGUUGUGCAAUGUGUAAGUUGGUGUCAUGCAGCAAUGUUGCAGCUCUGUGAACUGUCACAAUAGUGAUUCCACACAUUUAGGAUUUCAACAUUGUACAAGUAGAUCCAACAAGGAUACACUCACAACAUUGUGCCACAUGUGUGCUAGAGAUAUUUUUUCUCGUUGAAAUAAUAGGCAAUGUGGACAAUGCAUUUGUUCUCUUUCUGUUGCAGAGCUGAGCAGUUAAAACAACACUAAAUAUGUCUGUCAUUUUUAAAUAUAGGCGAAUCAGAAAGGUCAUUGUGAAUUUUCUUUGUGAAUGUGACUUUUGUCUCAUUGCGGCAAAACCCAUAUCAUAUGGGGUAUUGAGUUGCCGAAAUUGGUGGCCUCACAAUAACAGCUUUAAAGGUUUUUUGUUGAUAUGUUUCUAUGUGGUAAUGCCUCUUAUACUCUUUUAACAUUAUUAUGCAGGAGUUAGACUACCGUAGAAUACCGUGCAUCCGCCCAUUCCACACUAAGCGCCCAUUCCGAAAUUUGUAAGACCUGAGAAAAUAUGCACAGUACGUUGGUAUGUAAAAUUGAUGACCGGACAAGCGCCCAUCCCCCAUUUUUUCACGAUUAUCUCUAAAUUUUGAGUGGGUGCUUGCUCGGUAUUUUACAAUAGGCAUUUUUUUUUUCUCUGGUGCAAAGAAAAGAACAAAAGAACUUCUUGUAUCCUUAGAAAGCAUUUACUUGGCGAGAAUCUGCUGAAGCAGUUUGCAGUUCUGCACGUCUUACGUUUUAUUCUAAAGAACUAUUCUCUUUUUUAAAUUGUGAUUGAGUGUUAUCGAGAUCUGCUUGUAAUCGGGUGUAGGUCACUAAUUCAAGACAGACGACGAGUGUCAUGGGAGAAGGGUCAGGGGCAGUCUUUGCAAGAUGUGAAUAUCUACGAGGUAUACGUCAAAGAAAUUUGGGCUGCCACUCGUAACAGCAUAGAUACCUCUGCAACUCUUGAGCGUCUGUUUCACGGAUAAAAUAUUUUUGUAUGCCCAAUACAGAGGAAGUGCCAUCGUGAAAGGUUGCCCUGAGGAAGGGAUUCCGGAACUUUUCGAAAUGCCGUGUGAUGUCACUGUCGCAUGCUGUUCAAACAAGCGCACAGAGGCUUGGUAAAUGUUUUCAACCUGUGUUAUAACUUAAGUGCCAAACAUGACCUGGCUGUGCAUUGCUGUUUAAACAUUGCUGCGUGUAUUAUGUGCUGUGCAUGUUCAUUUCUGUGCGUGUGUACAUAUGAUGCAUGAAAGUUGACGAUUUUGUUUUUAUGCGUUCUUGGUGCACUUUUGCCAUGUAAGCAUCGAGGUUUUGUUAGCAGUUAGCUCACUUAAUUUGUGGGCAAAUGCUCCAUUCACGAACAUGUGCCAGGCUGACGUAGGCAUCUCUGUAAUAGCACAUAUUCAUGCGAGCCUAAAAAGUAAAAAUGGAAGAUGUUAGAAAAUAUGGCAAAUCAUUUUUUAAAACAUUUUGAACAUAACUUCUUUGUUGGAUAUGUCCGUAAUGCUGUUUUCUAAUGCUGCAUCACGACAUAAUCGAUCCAGUCAAUUGAAAACUUUAUCCCCUCAAAGGCUGUUCAAGUCCGUGGCAAACACUGAUAUAAUGUCGAGCACAUUGCUUUUUUCUAAAUAUUUGUUACUUCUACGCAACAGUAAUAAUUAAUCUGCUAUUUCAACAUUGCACAAAGAACAUACUAAUUUAAAGGCAAAUAAAAUAGGAAAUUUAGAUGCUUCGUUUUUCCCUCGCGUUCAUCACCAAUUAUAACACAUUGAUUAUUUUGCUCUACAAAUCAACUUUUUUUUUUCCUUGAUGGUUGCAUACCGAAUUAGAAUUAUCGUACAAUUGCGAACAGCUUUUGUUUGUCUCUAAAACUGGUCACAAGGACAGUCUGCAUGCAGACACUGUCUGAGGAAUGUUUCUUCCUUGUAGGAUGGUCCUGUACAAAGACUGUCUGCAUGCUAAGGCUUUCAUGCUGCGAGCACGAUCGAGUUAUUUUAAUGACCAUUCGAAUAUUGUAAGAAAACCCCAGCAUUCAGUGCAUAGAAAAAGAAAUUCACUCUGCUUGGAUACUUGGGUUGUCUUGUUGUCCUCGACAUCACCGUUUUCGUUUUAAUUGUGGCGAAUGCAGAGUUGAAAAUAAAGCUUUUAUUAUGUAA